AUGGGUUCUGCCCAAGGACAAGAUGUCAUUCGCUGUCAUAUAUGUUCUAACCCUGUGGAACACCACUGUAAUCUUUGCCAUGUUGACCUUUGCUUCUCAUGUAUACCAAAGCACAUGGCCGACAAAUCUAGAGAACAUGAAAUUGUUGGAUAUACUUCUAGAAAAGAAAAAACAGUCCUUCUUCCUAUAUGCUUACAGCAUAAGAAAAACCGUUGCGAAACAUACUGCCAGGAAUGUGAAAUACCAAUAUGUCUUCAAUGUAUGAUGGGUUCACAUAAAAAGCAUGAAUUUACACAUAUUGAUGACAUUAUUCAAAAACAGAAGCAGCAAAUUACUUCUGACACAAAAGAAAUAGAAAAUACCAUUCUUCCAAGAUACAAAAACGAUAUCAUAUCUUCAACCACAGCAGAUUUUUACAAAGCUCUUUCUGCAGUAAAAGAACAAGAAGAUAAAAUCUGUAGAGCUGUACGUGAAGUAGGCCUUCAAUUCACAGAUGUAAUAACUAAACAGAGGAAAGAAGCCAUGAGAAAAAAUAAAGGAAGCCAGACUUUGGCAGAAAAAGCUGAAAAACAACUCAAUGGAAUUGUUCAAAAGAACAAAGAUAUCCUUAGGGACAGUGAUGCAACAGCAGUUAUAAAAUAUCGAUCAAGAAACAAGGAUUUCCAGAAAGGUCCAGAAUUUCAAAGAAUUUCCUGCCCCCAAUUAUACCCUGGAAUUAUUUCAAAAGACCAAAUCGUUGCCAUGUUUGGUUUUCUAAAGACACAGGAUUAUCUGCAAAAAGUGCCAAGAAUGUUGAUGAUGGGUGACCCCCAAGUUCUAAGCAAUAUACAAAGUCCUUAUGGGAAUGAUCAGUUGCUGUGGCAUCUACAUUGUAUGGGGACUGACAAGAUCUUGAUCAGUGGAGAUGACAGCACGAUCAAAGAAAUUGACAAGGAUGGUUCAAUUCUAAAAACAAUUCAUACAAAUGAAAAUGUUCGGGUAUUGACCUCUAAUUUACAACUGGAACCAGUGUUUUGCUUAAGUACCUUUUCAUAUAACAAAACAAACAUUUACAUAUACAAGGACUGCAUGAAACUAUUACUCAGUAUUCCCGAUUGGAUUCCUGUUGGGUUAUGUUAUACAGUAGAUGGAGAUCUGCUAGUGAGCAUGCGCUCCACCGAUAAGACACAGAGCAGAAUAGUGAGGUUCUCAGGGACCGCAGAGAAACAAAAGUUACAGUAUGAUACUCAAAGACAACCUCUGUUCUCUACUGGAGUCCUUAAUGUGCUUCCUCUGACUGAGAAUGGCAAUGGAGAUAUCUGUGUUGCUGAUUAUGUUAAACGAGCAGUUGUUGUGAUUGAUUUUUCCGGGGUAUUACGGUUCAGGUAUCUAGGCAAUCUCUCCAAACAAUCAAAAUACCAAGAAUUCAAACCAUCCAACAUUGCUACUGAUGUCAAUGCCCAGAUACUGAUAUCUGAUAAUAUUAACAAUAUUGUGCAUGUCAUUAACAGUUACGGUAACUUUCUACGUUAUAUUGAAAAUCAGUAUAAUUAUGGAGGACUAAGUGUUGAUGCUGACCACAAUCUUGUUUUAGGAGACUUGCUCACUGGAAAAAUUCAAAUAAUCAAAUACCUGAAGUGA